UGUGUAGUCUACUAUCAUGCCCGUAACAUAGAACGUUAAAGAAGAAGAAGACGCAAUGGGCACGUUCGUAGAUUCGCUCUGGCUAUCUACUCCGAUUCCUCCCGUCUGAGUCUGCAGCGAGCCGAAUAACUGAUUAAUUUACGAACGCACCCAACGUAAGAGACUUCCUAUUGCAUAGCAUAUUGGUACUUGUGUACACUGCUAAAUAAUGUAGCUAGGUUUUAGAGCCACCAGCAGUUAUUUUGUGUCAUUUCUUGAAAUUAUAUCGAUACUGCUACACUUCUAUAUGUACAAAACUAAUUGACGGCCUGAAAUUCAACAAACAUCGGUAUGGCGGAGGGUGUCGGUAACGCAGUGAAUCUUCCCCCCGGAGAUCCGCAGCUCAUCGGGCUCAUCGUGGAACAUCUCAAGAACCGAGGCCUGUUCGACGAGUUCCGCAGAGACUGCCUGGCAGAUGUGGAUACAAAGCCUGCCUACCAGAAUCUACGACAGAAAGUUGACAACUUCGUCUCUACUCAUUUGAACACUCAAGACUGGAACCCAUCAAUCAACAAAAAUCAAGUGCGAAAUGUGCUAAGACAAAGCGUCGUGCAGUCAGGCAUGCUGGAGUCCGGAGUGGACAGAAUCAUCACCCAGGUGGUGGAUCCCAAGCUUAACCACACCUUCAGGCCCCACAUUGAGGAAGCCAUUCACGACUUCCUGUCUGCUGAGAAGAAGGAGGAGGGUCCAUCCAACACUCCAUCAGAGACCGAACAGCAAGAGGCUCCAAGCCACACUGGACCCAAAACACCAUUAUUCAAAAUGCUAUUUUCUUUUUGGAGUGUAUUAGCGCGAAUGGAGAUGCUACUUAAAUUUUCUCUGGCGGUCUUUCUUUGUAUAGCCUUUCAGCAAGUAAAGGCGACCGACCCAAACGAACUUCACGAAAGCCCUCAAGAGAAACAAUUGAACCAUCAGAAAAGACGACUCUCACUGCAAAACACAGCGGAGAUCCAGCACUGUCUGGUGAAUGCUGGGGAUGUGGGCUGUGGCAUGUUCGAAUGCUUCAACAACAACUCCUGUGAAAUACGAGGCCUACAUGAGAUCUGCGUGACAUUUCUGCACAAUGCCGGCAAGUUUGACUCCAAGGGGAAGUCCUUCAUCAAGGAUGCCCUGAAGUGCAUGGCCCACAGCCUGAGGCACCGGUUCAGCUGUGUGAGCAGGAAGUGCCUGGCAGUGAGGGAGAUGAUGAUCCACCUGCAGAGAGAGUGCUACGUCAAACACAACCUUUGUUCCGCCAUCCAGGAGAACAUCAAUGUCAUGGUGGAGAUGAUCCACUUCCAGGACCUCUUCCCCAAAGGGACUCAUGUGGAGCUGGUGAACAUCCUGCUGGGUUGUGGUGAGGAGGUGAGGACUGCCAUAGCACAGAGAGUGAGGAUGCAGUGUGAGCAGAACUGGGGGGCCCUGUGUGACAGCCUGAGCCCGUGCUCCCUCGGUCAUUCAGAUGACCCCCAACACAUCACCGUCCCUCCCGCCUCUCUGCAUCCUGCUGGACAGCUCUUCCUCCCAGACAUUGAACAGGAGAAACCUAAGACGGGCCAGCUAGACAGGGGCUACCUCCACCCCUCUGUGAGUCUCAGUCAGGAGCCCCUGGACAAUGCCACAGACCUUGGGCUCGCUGUGGCCAGUCAACCACCCAAUACCGCCAUCCAGGGGUGAAACGCUGAGUGCAAUGUCUAGCCUGUUGACACAACAUAGCUGCCCCUAAACCCUUUCCCCCCUCAAACAGCCCUACUACUGAUAACCUCAGUGGUUACAAACAAUGACAAAGGACGAGUAAUGGUCCUGUACCAUGCUCCUCCAUUCAUACUGUCCUAAAUUGUAAAGGUGACAGGGUAUGUGUGGUCAAAUGUAGAUUUGAGGCCAUGCAAUUGUUUUUCGGUAGUAGUUCCUUUUGUUUUAAUUACAGGUGCAAUGUAAAACAUUGUAUUGUACAAUAGCAUUCAUUUGAUUCCUUUUAGAAGUAAAUGGGUACAGUGGGGCAAAAAAAGUAUUUAGUCAGCCACCAAUUCUGCAAGUUCUCCCACUUAAGAUGAGGCCUGUAAUUUUCAUCAUAGAUACACUUCAACUAUGACAGACAAAAUGAGAAAAAAAAUCCCAAAAAUCACAUUGUAAGAUUUUUAAUGAAUUUAUUUGCAAAUUAUGGUGGAAAAUAAGUAUU